AUGGAGGACCGGAAGGGCAUCCCAUCCAAGGGCAAGGAGAAGUCGAACCAGCAGCAAGCGCAACCUCCGCAGGCCUUCCUCUUCAUCGACUCCUCCAAGCCCGCGCAAGGUUCCCGCCAAGGGCGUCGCAAUGCUCGAUCAUUUGUCAUGCAACGGGCCCGAAGGGAGCGGCCAUGGUCAACAAGUAAAAAUGCCGGCAAACAAGCCUCAGCGAGGAGGAGCUCUGAUUCAGCGAGUGUCGGCACACCUGAUGCGCCCUUGACCCAGCCGACAACGCCGCAAACGCCUGCCGAUCUUCCCAGCGUUGGUGAUAUUGAGUAUGCACAGUAUGGCUCCUAUACCGACAACAGCGUCUUCUUGUCCAAGCAGACUGUGUGCAUCGAGUGCCAGAUUUUUACUUGUCAGCCAGGCCAGUCCCUAUGUCCCCGGUGCAUCCUGCUCCCACCUAGUACCUCGUUUCGAACUGCCGGCAUCGUCUCGGAAGGGCUCCUGGAUCCUUUUGGGAGUUUCCCUGUCGAGGUAGACUCAAGGGUGUCCGAGCUCCUGACUCACUUUCUUUCUGUCAUGUCACCUGGCACAAUAGCCGUCGACAUACGUCAUCAAUCAGACCUGAUAAGGACGGACUGGUUUGGCAGAGCUUUGGGAAAUAGCGCCUUCAUGCACAGCUUGUUAUGUGCUGCCGCCGUGCAUUUAUAUAUUGUAGGCAAGGGUUCUUACUUCAGCAUCGUAUACCACAAGGCGCAGGCUGUAGCCGCCAUAAACGCAGCUCUCUCAGAUCCCGAGCUGGGUAUCUCAGAUGCUAAUAUUGCCGCGGUGUUCAACCUGCUGUGUGUUGAAGAAAGCCUAUUGCUGCCAUUCUUCCACGACGAGACAUCGGGCGACGGGGAGGAACCCAAUCAGCGCAUGAUCCAUCUAAAUGGCUUGCGACGCAUGGUGGAACUGCGGGGCGGGCUGAGAGCAAUCAGGACUCACCGGUGUCUACAGGCGUUUAUACUUUGGUCAUACAGGCAUAGCACGGCACAUGCCAUUGCUUCUUUCGAGCCCCCAUACCUCUCACCCCUUGAUCCAACACAUUCAUCGCGAAAUCCAAACUCAUCCGCCUACCGACCCGGCAUUUCGCAGCACUUCAUCAACCUCUGCCGAGCGGCCAACGUAAGAGAUUCGCUCAUCGAACUCGUCGACGAUUUGCUGAACUUCGCGGCGGACCUCAAUGCUUGGUUUGAAGAUCCAGCCUGCCCUCUGGACCCUCUCGAUAUCCAAAACCACUCCAGCGUACUCGAAUGCCUCUUCCUUCGCUGGCUGCGCAAUGACUCAAAUACCGAAUCCGUUCGCAUGCCGAUCGAAGAGGCACUUUGCAUCGCCCUCCUGAUCUUCGUUGUUGGAGUCUCGGAAGCUGUGUCGCCCAACGCUGAACCACACUAUCUACACUUUCCCCUAAGCAAACGACUACAAGACGCUCUCAGAGCUAUAUGCCGUCAAGACUGGAUGUCCUGUCCGGAUCUUCUUCUCUGGAUUCUAUCCAUCGGCGCCAUCGCCACCCUCGGUGCCCAAGACUUCUCAUGGUUCAUACGCCAGCUCACCGUAGCUUGCGGCGAGUUCGGAAUAGCAUCCUCUUGCAGCUUGAUUGAGCGCUUAGAGCAAUGUGUAUGGGUGGGCUUCAAACUCAACCCAGCGGCCAAACGAUUAUGGGACGAGAUCUCCCUGCUCAGGUUAGAGGAUCGCCAACACCUCCCACUCAGAGUCCAUACUCAUACUUAACCGUUACACCCACUAGGCUCGGGCCAUUAGCGAUAUCCAUAGAUAUCUACUCCACCGGACCGCUCCAGUUCCAGGUUCCCGACGUCGACUACCACCGUUGGCAAACAAAGACCUGGUUCGACUUCGAAGGGCAGAUAGUCCCGAAACCGAUCGGAGCGAGGGUGUUUGGAGAUGAAGGACUAUAUGAUGCUGGGUUAUUCUAUGUCCGUAUCACACCUUGAACGACCCCUCCCCCGUGUGUUAGCGUUGUUGAGAGUCGUUACUCUGUCGCACAGAAUCUGACAAUGCUAUCUAGAUGUUGGCUUCAAGAGAUUCAAAUCCCUUGUCCUACCAGUAAGCCCAAAUAGUGCUCAAAUCACAACGAACAAGACGGCCUUAUGUCCGAUACGAUUUACGACUAUAAAAUGCCUAGCCGAUCCCAGCAUUACCAAAAUGUUUUGGGAAGGAAUACUC